AUGUCUCUUCCUACUCGAACCCUCGGCCAGGAUGGCCCUCAAGUCAGCGCCAUGGGGCUCGGCCUCAUGAGUAUCGGCGGUAGCUACGGAAAGGCAGGCCCCCUCGAAGAGACGAUGGCUUUCCUGGACCACGCCCAUGCCACUGGUCAGCGAUUCUGGGAUACCGCCGAUAUGUACGCCGACAGUGAGGACAUUGUCGGCGAGUGGUUCAAGCGAUCUGGCAAGCGAAGCGAUAUCUUCCUCGCUACCAAGUUCGCCGUCCAGCGCAAUGCCACGGGCAUGAGGAUUCGUUCCGACCCGGAGUACGUCAAGGUCGCUUGUGACAAGAGCCUGAAGCGACUCGGCAUUGAUACAAUUGAUCUAUACUACUGCCACCGUGUGGAUGGAAAGACUCCCAUUGAAAAGACCGUCAAGGCUAUGGUUGAUCUUAAGAACCAGGGAAAGAUCAAGUAUCUUGGAUUGUCCGAGUGCUCCGCCGCAACUCUGCGUCGCGCCCACGCUGUCCACCCUAUCAGCGCCUACCAGGUGGAAUAUAGUCCAUUCACCCUGGACAUUGAAAGCGACACCACCGACCUGCUGAACACCUGUCGCGAACUAGGAAUUGCCGUUAUUGCCUAUAGUCCCAUUGGACGCGGUAUCCUGUCCGGCCAGUACCAAUCACCCGCCGAUUUCGCAGAGGGCGACUUCCGCCGCCUCCUGCCCAGGUACUCUCAGGAGAAUUUCCCCAAGAUUUUGCAGCUGGUGAAGGGAUUGCAGGAGAUCGCCAAGGCCCAUAACAGCACUCCCGCACAGGUUUCUCUCGCGUGGGUGCUGGCGCAAGGAUCCGAUAUUAUCCCCAUCCCUGGAACCAAGUCGACCACACGAAUGGAUGAGAAUGCCGCCGCGGCCCUGCUCAAGCUCAGUGACAAGGAAGUACAGGAGAUUCGCGAGCUUGCUAAGCGCACAGAAGUCCCUGGUCUUCGUUAUCCCGAGGGGAUGAACGAGUAUAUCUUGGCGGACACUCCUGCGCUCUAA